GGGACAUUUUAAAUUAGCAAACUGCGCUAAAGCGGCCGCAAAGUCGAGAACGCAUAGCAGUUAUCCCAUAACAUUUCUAUCAGCUCCCUAUUUUCCUCAUGAAUGUGCUGUUGCGAGCCUGAGAUGUUCCGGAGAACACACACAUGAGGACAGAUUUGAACCAGGUCAACUGCCCCUGUUUGUCACCUAUUAGCUGCCACUCCAGAGACUCCGCCCCUGGCCCCGCCCUCCAGAGAUGACUGAUGCCCAGAAGGCCAACGAGCUCCCUGAAUUCCCCACAGAGGGCGGGGCUACAGCAGAAGAGCAGGACAUGCCCCUGAGACAAGAAACCACACCCAGCAGCUCCCCGGCGUGCGAGGAGCCAAUCAGCUCGCAGAGCGGUCCUGAAAAACAGCCGGCGCCUGGUCUGCUCUCUAUGCCGUGCUUACUAAAGGAGCUUCAUAGAGACUCCGCCCCCGGGCAGCCACAGGAAACAGAUCCGCCCUCUGCCGCCACACAGGAAGACAGCGAUUCUUCCGCCUGCCUGCGCUCGCCUUCCUCCUCCGGUCACCUGGGAGACUCUGACACGCUUUCAUCAGCAGAGGAAGCAGGCGCACCCAUUCAGACGGCUGGCAGGAAGUCACGACGUUCGCAUUCUGAGAGCGAUGCGUCCACGGUUGCAAUGGCGGCCAAGAAGAACCGCUGCCAGGAGAAGCAUGUGAAUGGACGCGUGCGCAUCAGAGGCCCGCGCAGCCAGCAGCAGAAGCAGCGCAUGAGACAGCUGCGGCAGAAACGUGAAGCGGCGGCGAGACGCAAACCUGACGUGCUCCAGGACAGCAGCACCAGCGACAGCGACAUCACGGCCCACUCAUCCUCAUCCUCGCCGCUAACAGCCUCGUCUGACAACGAGGGAGAGACAAUCAACUCUCACGCACCAGCUGGCCAUCGCCGAACCAACGCUUCUGGAGCAUCAGCGCAUGGGUGGGGCCAACUCAACAUGGGCGUGGCCAGUGGAACCCUGGGCGGAGUCUUGGAGGAAGCGCUUACGCGAUUCGCCGUGAUGCAGAGACAGACCGAGGAGCGCUUUCGUGUGUGGAUGGACAGACUGACCCGCAUGCAUUCGGAUGAUGAUCUUUCGUCCAGUGAAAAUCCGGAGGGGCGGAGCCACGUUAGCUCAUUCCUGCCAUCGUCUGAGUCACAGGAAACGCUGGCAGCCUAUCAGAUGGCUCGAGUCAGCGUCAUCACGGUUCCACCGCCCCAGACUGCUGGUGUCAAUGGUAGCACAGAGCCGUCUGAACCCAACGUUUAAAGAACGUUAACGCACCACAACUGUGCCGACUCAAUUCGACCGCUGAAGUGGAGGAUUCGGACAUUGCACAAACCUUUUCUUUAUCUCUAAUUAAAAUCAUCUUCAUUCUGGCUUCCCCAUCUCUCUCUAUUAAAGGAUCAGUUUUCAUAACCAAUUAAAUAUUUAUUCAUCCUCAUG